ACCAGUGCCCACCUGGCUAUGCUUGUCCAGCUGGAAGUGCAGAGCCAGAGAUCUGCAGUCCAGGCUCAUUUCAGGCUUUGUCUGGACAGUCAGUUUGUGAUAGCUGUCCACCUGGUUUUUACUGCCUGGAAGGCUCUGCUGUUCCUUCUCCAUGUCCGGUGGGUUAUGUCAGUCGAUUAGCUGACAGGAUGUCCCUGAGCCACUGCUCUCCUUGCCCCUCUGGCUACUUUUGUAACAGUGAUGCUCUGACAGAACCGUCUGGACUCUGCAGCCCAGGACAUUUUUGUUCCCAGGGUUCCACCGAGUCUUCACCUGUCUCCCAGCCGUAUGGGGACGUUUGUCCUUUGGGACACUUCUGUCCUCAGGGAAGUGGGUCACCCAAACCUUGUCCUGUUGGCAGUUUUCUUCCAGAACCUGGAGCUUUAUCCGUCUCUCAAUGCCGCCCUUGCCCUCCAGGGAAAUACUGCCUUAUUCCUGGAGCCUCACAACCCUCAGGUUUAUGUCACGCCGGUUUCUUCUGUGCUGGUGGUGCUGAUAGCCCCACACCGCAAGCAAACUCUUCCAUGUCAAAAUGUCUUGUGGACAUCCUGGACUCUUACUCGAUGGAAAUAGACUUGGUCUUGUGGACGUACAACCUGUCCUGCUCCAACUUUUCUUCUAGAUCUGCUGCAGGGGGAAACACUACCUGGAUCAAAGUAGCCGCGAUGCCUCUGGCAGAUUCUGAUCACAAUGCGAAUCGCUCAGCAGAACAUCUCAAGAGUCCACAUUAUGCAUGUUCCACCUACCGAGGAGAUAUAUGUCCUAAGGGUUUCUAUUGUCCUUUGGGAACCGCUUAUCCUAAGCUCUGUGAUGUCGGAUUUUACUGUAACCAGACGGGUCUAACGGCACCAGCAGGGCCGUGCCUGGGUGGCUAUUUCUGUCCCUGGGGGUCCUCAGACGCUUACGUCAACCCGUGCCCCUCUGGACAUUACUGCCCAGUUGGAACGCCUCUUCCCAAGCCAUGCCCCCUAGGAACCAUUAAAAGUUUCCUCGGUGGAUCCACAGUGGAGACAUGUCAGCCGUGUCCUCCGGGUCACUUCUGCAAUCAAAGAGGCGGGACUGAGCCAAGCGGCCACUGUGUGGAGGGCUACUAUUGUCCUGAAGGACAGACCUCUCAGAGACCACAACCUCAUGUCUGCUCACUUGGACAUUAUUGUGAGAAGGGCAGUGCAAGACAGACACCCUGCAUUCCUGGCAGCUACCAGCACAGACGGGGCCGAGGGACCUGCGAAACGUGCCCUCCUGGCUUCUAUUGUCAAGAUCAGGGAAUGAGUCACCCGCUUCCCUGUGAAAGAGGACAUUACUGCCCCUCUGCCUCAGCAAGUCAACGUCCCUGUCCAUCAGGGACCUAUGGAAACUUGUCAGGACUUGCAGAGCAGUCCCAGUGCACACCGUGCGACCCCGGCAUGUACUGCAAAGGAGCAGGUAGGACUUUCCCCAGUGGGCUUUGUGCUGAGGGGUACGUUUGUGUCGGCGGCGCCUUUGAGCAUUCGCCAUCAGACAGUCUGACAGGAUUCCCAUGUCCUCCUGGGCAUUACUGCCCCAUGGGGACUUCUGCACCAAAACCGUGCCCUAAAGGAACAUACAGUGAGCAGAGUGGGCUUGGAGACAUUUCUCAGUGUCAGAGCUGCAGUCCUGGUUUUUACUGUUCAGAACCUGGUCUCUCUUCAGUCUCCGGUCCCUGCCUCCCAGGUUUCUACUGUCUAGAGGGUUCUCAGUCUGCUUCUCCAGGGUCAGGUGACUUUGCAGGUAUUUGUCCAGCAGGCCACUACUGUCUGGAAGGCACCAGUGUUCCCUUACCCUGCCCAGCUGGUUUCUACCAGAAUAAUCCUGGAAGCAAAGACAAAGAUGACUGUAAACCCUGCCCACCUGGCUGGUUCCAGGAUUUGCCGGGGCAGACAGAGUGUAUUCCCUGCCCUGCGGGAUUCCACUGCCAGCCUCUGAGUCCUGGUCCCACCAGAGGGACUUCUCUCGGAGUUUCCAGUCCUCUGCCCUGCCCAGCUGGACACAUCUGUCCCAGAGACAGCCUGGACAAUCAGCCUGUUCCGUGCCCUAAAGGAACCUACAGCUCCAGCCAGGGUCUUAUCUCUACAGGUCAGUGCUUAAUGUGUCCGGCAGGCCAUUUCUGCGGAUCCGAAGGUUUGGUGGAGCCCUCAGGAUCGUGUGCGGCAGGUUUUCUGUGUCUGAUGGGUGCAAAGGUGCCAAAUCCAAGCGACAACAUGACAGGAUCUCUCUGUCCGCCGGGGAUAUUCUGCCAACGGGGGCUUAGAGCAGGUGAUUGCCAGGCAGGGUUUUAUUGUGACUGGGGGUCCACCAAAGCAGAUCAGGCUGUGUGCCCAGCUGGUUUCUUUUGCCCCAGUGGAACAGCAGUCCCCUUAGCCUGCCCUCCAGGAACGUUCAGCUCCGAAACGAGCAACACUCACCAAGACAACUGCACCGCCUGUACACCUGGUUACUACUGUCAAGAUGAAGGUACUCUCCAGCCUGUACUUUGUCCUGUUGGACAUUACUGUUCUGCGGGGCAGAUUUUAGGGCAUGCGUUUCCUUGCCCACCUGGCACAGUACAGAGGAGGCUUGGAGCGUCCAGUCCUGAUGCUUGCAGUCCCUGUCCUGCGGGAAUGUUCUGCUCUCAGUUUGGUCUGUCACAGCCCUCAGGUCUGUGUCAGGAGGGAUAUUUCUGCCCUGCAGGAUCAACCAGCCCAAACUCCACCGAAAGUCAGAGUAAUUCAACCAACCACCAUCUCUGUCCAUCUGGCCACUACUGUCCAUCUGGCAGUGGUCAUCCUCUGCCUUGCCCUGUUGGCUCUCUUGCCAUUUCUCAAGGACUAAAAGCGGCAGAAGAAUGUCCGCCCUGCCCUCCUGGAUUAUAUUGCGACAGUCCUGCAAUGUCCGACCUCUCUGACGCUUUGCCAUGUCACGCUGGAUAUGUUUGUUUGAGUGGAAGCUCCAGCCCCUCUCCAUCCGACGGCUCCCAUGGCUACCCCUGCCCUGCUGGCUACAGCUGUCCUGUUGGCUCAGCGCGAGAAGUGCCCUGUGAAGCUGGCACUUACAGUCCUGCUCCCGGAGCAGCUCGCUGCUUGGCCUGCCUGAGAGGAACCCUGUGUCCCUCUUCAGCUACUCGAGAGCCCUCCACCUGCCCAGCCGGCCAUUUUUGUCCUGCUGGGACAGUGGUGCCUCAGGCAUGCCCUAUAGGAACUUUCAAUAACCAAACAGGAGCUCAUUCGCUCUCUGCCUGCUUGCCGUGUCCUUCUGGGGUCUACUGUAGCUUACGUGGAGCUUCUGCUCCGCACGCUCCAUGUUUGCAGGGCUACUUUUGCCAAGGUGGAGCUACAGUGCCGACACCCGAGAGCUCCGAAACCUUCCUGAGGAACGGCCUCUGUCCGGUGGGACACUACUGUCCAGCAGGGUCUCUCACCCCACUCCCAUGCCCCGCUGGGAGUAUCCGCAACGCAACUGGAGGCGUUUCCAUGGAAAGCUGCUUCGCCUGUCCUGCUGGCCACUACUGCUCCUCCGAGGGCCUCGCUAGCCCCAGUGGUCCAUGCUCUGCUGGGUUUUAUUGUCCAUUUGACUUCUCCUCAACUACUCCAUAUGCCUUCCUCUGUCCCAAGGGCCACUUCUGUCCUGAGGGAUCAGCGUUGGCCUUGCCUUGUCCUACCGGAGAGUACCAACCGAACCCGGGCUCCGAGAACUGCGUCCCGUGCCGACCUGGAUUCUUCUGUGAGGAGGCCGUGGUGGGAGACCCGUGGCCCUGCCCCCCAUACUCGUUUUGCCCUGCAGGGACAAUGGUGCCACAGCCCUGUCCUAACGGGACGUACACCCAUUCCAACCAGACUGGGCUACAGGAAGAGGAGGAGUGUUUGCCUUGCCCUCCAGGGAGGUUCUGCAGGGCUGGUAAGAUCCAGGGAGUUUGCGCUGCAGGAUAUCUGUGCAUUUCUGGGAGUGCAGAGUUCACCCCUCAGGGGUCAAUGUCUAACAUGACCCACUGCCGGUGGGGUGUGCAGUGUGCCGGCCCAUGCCCACCAGGCUUUUAUUGCCCUGAAGGUGCAGAACAGGCGCAGCCGUGUCCUGCAAACACAGUCAGGAGCUUCGCAGGGGCAGUGAGUCUGAAGGACUGCUUACCCUGCCCUCCGCAGUAUUGGUGCAAACCUGGAGAUCCAGCCAUUCACCUGUGUCCGCCUGGUCAUUACUGUGACGGUCUGCCCGGCAGUGACUUCAGCGGUGGUACCGGACCCCGGCCGUGCCCCGUAUUUACUUACCGAGCUUCCCCAGGAGCGGGCAGCAAGGGUGACUGCCUGCCCUGUCCUCCUGGUUCGCACUGCAACACCACAGGACUUACAGAGUAUACCAGUAGUCCCUGCCCGCCUGGCUUCUGGUGCAGUGGGACCGGACCCCCCAUCCUCUGCCCAGCAGGGACCAAGAGGCCGCUUCCUGGAGCCGCUGCACCCAACCAGUGUGAACUGUGUGCAGGGGGAACCUUCUGCCCAGACCCUCGCGUGACAGGAAAGCCCAACGUGGAAGGAAUCCCCUGCAGAGCCUCAUAUCAAUGUCCCGUUGGUGCAGUUUCAGAGAAGUUAUGCAGAGCUGGCUCGUUCUGUGGACCUCAGACUGCUGAGCCUCAAGUGUGUCCAAAGGGUUAUAUUUGUCCCGAGGGAUCGUAUUCGUACGACACCACUAAACAACUAUGUCCGUUUCCCUACUACUGCCCUGCCAACAGCUCUGCCAUGAAAUCCUGCUCUGGAGGAUCCAUGCCUGUCAGCACGAGCGCUCUCAGAGGGUCACACAGCAGCAGCUGUAGCUUGUGUGAAGGUGGCACUUAUCGUCUGUAUCUUUCCCCGAGUCUGCAGUGCCUCCCAUGUCCACCGGGAUAUUACUGCCCUCCAGGCACAGAAGAUUACAAAGCUCAUCCCUGCCCUUUUGGACAUGUAUGUGGGAAGGGUUACGCCCAGCCGAUGUCCUGUCCACCAGGCACGUUUGGUAACCGUACCCGUGCAGAGAAACUGGACGACUGCCACCCUUGUCCAGCCAACACUUUUAACCACCUGCCUGCCCAGAAGGCUUGCUUUCCUUGUGGCAGCUCCUCCUUCUCAACACCUGGUUCCGUCUCGUGUACCUGCGUCGGGGAGAACCGGGCUUUCCAGUAUUCUGAUGGGUCGUGUCUGUGCAGAACCGGUUUCAUCUACUACAACGAGCUGGACUUUAAAAGCUCUACUUCUGACAGUGGAUUAGACUGCCAGCCUGAGGUGAGCAGACGGUGCAGCACAGGAGAAAUUCGAGUAGCUGCAUCCAGAGAGUGUGUCUCGCCCUCCCUCCACUCCUGUAAUAUCACCUGUGGAUCACAUGGAGGAAUCUUGGAUGUGGAGAUGGGCAUCUGUCGGUGUGAGCGAUAUGUGUCCGCCGAGGAGAUUUGCAAUGCUUCCUGCCUCUUCAGGCUGCCUCAGCUGUCUGCCGAGCUCACGCAGGACGGCGACUUGCAGCUCAGCCUUAGGGAAAGAGACAGCAGGGUCUGGGCGAGGAAAAUAGAAAAUGUUUUGGGUCCUGACAUCCACGCACAGACAUCUGGAAGAGUUCACCUAGUGCAGUUUACCUCUGAAGGACUCUUUGGUUGGAUUCCCCUCCAAAGAGAUCUUGUCAAUCUUUUCCUUUCAGAACCAAUUGAUAUUCUAAAUACAAGAAAGAGGAGAGACACUGAAGAUGACGAGAAUAAAACUGAUGCCCUUCCUCGGAUCCCGAAUCCUAUCGCCUGCCUUUACUUGGGUGACAUGCUGGUUUUUCAUCUUACCAUCAACCACACUGAUCGCCCUCUAAGCCACUUCCCAGUGUACCAGAAGGACCACCUGUUUAACAGUAACCCAAGCUGGGACUUUGGAGCCUUCAGACAUCUGCAGAUCCUCAUGAAGCAAACAAAAUUCAACUCUUCAAUGUUUGCCCAUGUUUUCUCAGAAGCAGGAAAGUACGUGUUUGUGGACAGUGCUGUCCCUGAGUGGAGUAUUGUUGUGGUGGUCAGUGGGGAGGGGACAGAAUGUGACACCAGGGCUGCCGCGUUUCAACCCAUGACUCCAGGACACUUGGUCAAAUACGGCAUUGUAAAAAAUCACCGCCUCAACCUUCUGCCUGACUGGGGGCUCAUUGUUGGGAUCCUGAGUCUGCUGUUGGUCCUAGUUGUAGUCCUGACCACAACUGUGCUGGUUCUGCGACCCAGCAAAACGAAACUCGUUCCCCACUGGAAGAUAAGACCAAAGUGGCGCAGCCUCGGAGAGCCUUUUUGCCCAGCUGAGUGUGUUUGCAGUAGAGAAAGCACAACUGUCCAGAGUCAAGGCGCCGUUCUCGCCAGUCGAGGUGUAGGCGAGGGAGCAGAAGCUGAGGAACCUGCAGUCAUAAAGGGAGGAAGUGUGUCAGGCUGCCUGGAUCUGGAGGAGUUUAAUGUGAAGACUCUUUAUGACAAGCUAGAGGACCAGAACCUCCACAUCGCUGCCCAGCUGGCCAGACAUCGCAAAGACAUGCAGGAAUUUUAUAGGAAUAUAUGCCAGCAGGCUGAAUCACUGAAGGAUGUGUUUGAAAAUAUGGAUAGUAAAAACCUGAGUCUCCUUAAAGAGAUUCUAGUCCACAAUGUGAGGAAGGAAGUGUUAUCACACACUCAUCUGGAAGAGGGAGACAACCAAGCAGACAUUUCCACCGGCCAAGCUGAGGCCUCCGUGUCUUUACUGGGAACUGUUCUCAGAUCAGUCGAAGCUCUUUUAUGCAAGCUGACAGGAGAAGCUUGGCAGAACCAGGAUCUGCGUGGUCUUCCAUAUUGCCAUGGUUCAAGAGACUCUGAGGCUCAGGUUGGAUACAUGCAGCCUGGUAACACCAAUAUGUGUUUUACACAGUGCUCAUCAACGUCUCUGAAUAAAGGAGAAGCUAUUUCUCAUGAGACAGACUGUGCACAGACAGCUGCCCCUUGUUUCAGUGAAGACGAUCUAUCCAGAUUGGUCACCGUAUCUCCAUUGUUCAAAACUCUGCAGGAGAUUCAGCAGUCUUUACAGCAGCUUACCACAGAUGAGUCAUGUCAGCAUUCCCAUCCAGCAGAGACGGGGCCUUCGGUCCAAGAGAACCACAACGAGCGUCUGAUUCCGACUGCGCUGGACAGCCUGUCUCCACAGCACUCGGCUGUUUACCUUUUUGGUUGCCACGUGGUGCAGUGGCUCGCAGAUUCCCCCACGUUCCCCUCUGUGCUUCUUUUACUGGCAAAGUCGGUUCCCUUUUGCUCAUCUUCCUCUAAUGAGAAUCCCCUGGCUCUUUUCACUGGGGACUUCUAUUUUGAUCCGACCAAUCAAAUCCUUUAUCUGUCAGAGGCAAAGCUUCAGCAUGUGGGACACUUUAUUGCUGUCAUCCUGCUGUCCAUGGCCCACAUAGCAGUAGGAUCCAAACCCCAGAGGUUUCUGCAAGCUCUGCAUGAAGCCAUUUCAGCUGUAAGCCUUCAGCUGUUCAACCUUUCUUUUAAAUGGAGCCCAGCAGAGUCUAAUUUUGAUGCAUUAGGUGGGCGGCACGGGGCAUUAGUGGAGCAAUUUCUCAAUAUCAGAGUUCCCUCUGAAGCGCGCUUCACUGAGUCCCUGUUAGCUAGAAGACUUGAGAAAUAUAAGUAUUUUAAACUGGAGGAUCUUAUCUGCAACCUCAAACAAAGAUCAACUCCAAAUGCGGUUUUACCCCCAAAUGGGACACCAGUGCAGAUGUCAUGCAUAGAGGAAGAAAUUGACCGCAUGAGUGAAUCUUUCCUGCAGCUAAGCAUGCAGAUGCAGAGGAGAUCUCAAAUAAGCACAAUGUUAAAGGAGAGAGAGAACGGCGCUGCAGAAAAGGCGUGGGAAACAUCAACAAGCACGCCGAGCCUGAGUCGUGACGGAACGAUCCUGUUGGAGCUGAAGAGAUGUUACGUGUCACAGCGACUCGACGAGCUGCAAACCACAUUAAACCAAAUGAGACGUUGCCAGCUGCGUGGCGCCGAGCCGAGAGACGGAACGAGAGGCCGCGAGGAAAGCGACGACGGCUCCGAUCGGCACAGAGAAAAGGAGCGCGAUCCUGCCACGGAGCGCCGCAGUCCUCUAGACCGCCAGCGGAGUGCCGCUCUUUCAGCUGGUCAGAAACUCAGCCCACGCAGCCCGGACAGAGCAGAGGUCUUUUAAAUGAUAAAGCGGAGAGUUACAUUUCCGACCAGCAGAGAAGCGGCUCUGUUCAGACCAACAAUCCUGACGUCUUAAUGGAUCAAACUCUCCGGCGCACCAAAGAUCAACUCCAUUAAAAAAAUAAAAUAAAAUCCCCCAGGGAAAUCUAAAG